GCAGCCUCCACGUGAGGAACAUUUUGCUAUAUCCAUGUCAACAAACACAAACACUAUAAUAAUGAAUGGAGAUGAUAAUGAAGAGUACAGAGCUUUUUUGGCCCUGCACGCUGGAGCCCUGCAGUCCUCAGGAAUACCAGAAACCUACUGGAGGAGCCUCCAUCACAAAAUCACCAGCGAGAUUUAUGAUGCUGGGGAGGUUUUCGGAAUCAUGCAAAUCCAACAAGAUGACGAGGCAGAGAAUGAGGAUGAGGAGGAGGAGAAGAAGAAAGACAAUCCUGGAGCAGUGAUUGGCUGUAAAGUGGUUGUGACCCGGGACAGUGGACUGCAAGCAUCAGACCCGACCAGUGUUUUCCUGGUGGAUCACGCCUGGACGUACCGCGUGGAUCACGCCCGUGAGCAGCUGGAGCAGAUCCCCGGCCUGCUGUCCAGAAUGGCCGCCCUCAUGGGGCUGGACUUCCACGGUGAGGCGCCCGAUCCGGACACGGUCGAGCAGGUGAUGGAGCUGAUGUGGAAGUACAACCAGACUUAUCACAUCUCCCAGGGGUCAGCGGAGGAGAAGGUUCCUGUGUGGUACGUCAUGGAUGAGUUCGGCUCCCAGGUGCAGCACUCCGAUCAGCCAAGCUGUGGCAUGGCUCCCUUCUUCUAUGUACAGGACCAGCUGGCCUACACCGUGCUGUGGCCUCUGCAGGACCUGCAGGAAGGAGACGAAGUAACUCGUGAUUACACAUACGGAGAGACGAACCCCCUGGUGAGGCAAUGCCGUCUGUUACCGUGGAAACCGACCGAUCUAGAUGGGGUCAGCAGUGUCACCGCGGAGCCCAGAGACUCGUACUAUGAGGCCAUCGCACGAGAAAACAAGGAGCAGUUUCCAGCAGAAAUCCAACCUCACACUGUGCCCCAAGACAAAAUCCUCAAGGUUUACUCUGAAAUGUCACAAGUAACCAACAACCUGACACAUCCACGCUUCCAGCUCACAGAGGACGAGGAGGAGGCGGACGUCAUCUGGGGCUACAAUCACAUCAAAGACUACAGACUGUCAGUCCCAGAGUCAAACAAAGCAUCAUCCUCUGUUCCAUCCAGUGGAAAAACAACAAAGAAGCUGAGCGAGGAGCGACCUCAUGUCAUGCUGAACCAGUUUCCCUGUGAGAGCCUGGUCACUGUGAAGGACUGCUUGGCUGCCAUUUCCCGGAGAGUGAAAGGAGGCCCAUCACCUGAUUGGCUACCUGAGACCUUCAACCUCCAGACGGAGCUGCCGCAGUUUGUCAAGGAUUACCAACUGAGACGACAGAGGGGGGAGGAUAACCACUGGAUCUGUAAGCCAUGGAACUUGGCUCGUGGACUGGACACACACAUCACCAACAACCUGGACUACAUAAUCAGACAGAGAGAGAGCACACCAAAGGUGGUGUGUAAGUACCUUGAAGAUCCAGUGCUGUUCCACAGGGAGGAGGUGGGAGACGUGAAGAUGGACAUCCGCUACAUGCUGAUGUUACGCUCUGUGCAGCCUCUACGUCUCUAUGCCUACAAUGUCUUCUGGUUGCGCUUUGCUAACAGACCUUUCUCCUUGGACCAUUUUGACGAUUACCAAAAGCACUUCACUGUCAUGAACUAUGCAGAAGGUGUGCAGCUCAAGCAGGUGCACUAUGAUGAGUUCAUCCCUAUGUUUGAGAAGCAGUACCCCCAGCAUCCAUGGAAGGAGGUGGAAGCGGAGGUAUUUAAAGCGUUCAAGGAGCUCUUCGAGGCAGCCUCAUCUCGACCGGCUCCAUACGGUGUUUGUGCCUACCCAUCAUCCCGGGCAAUCUAUGCCGUAGACCUCAUGCUCAAGUGGCGCAGGGGGGAAAAUGGUGAGCGGCUCAUGCAGCCUCAGAUCCUGGAGUUGAACUUCAGCCCGGACUGUGCCCGGGCCUGCCUCUACCACCCCUCCUUCUAUAACGACAUGUUUCAGACGCUGUUCUUGGACCAGCCCGAGCAGUGCCCCGUCACUCAGAUCGCAUGAUCCCACUCAACUCCACAUACGGAGUGAAAAUCACUUCCUCUGUAGCCUGUAUCUGCUCUUUGAUGCCAUUUUCUACUUUUACCAUCAACUUUUCAUUUGAAUUUUCAAUCAACAUGCCUCUCUAGCAAGUUUAUUUUUUCAUUUGAGACUAAAUGUUUUCAAAGUUGCUUUCAAAACCUAGUGUUUAAAACUAGAACAUUGCUGUACAAAUGAGCAUAAAUAAAGACAUA